CUGGGGAGGAGGCGGUGUCCCUGGCUCUCCUGUGCGGCAGGGCAGGGCUGGUCGGGCAGGGGCGGGGCUGUGCCUGGUGUUAUAAGAAGCAGCCAGGGCACUGAGGCAAUGAGCUAUCGGCUCUGCCUGGCAGCAAGACGCUGGCAACGGGCACGCUCCCUGCUCUGGUCCAGCCUGUGCGCUCCACCGCCACUAUGGUCGCCAUGCCCACCGCCUGGUGCUCCAUCGCCCUGGCCCUGCUCCUGGCCCUGCAUGAAGGCAAGGGCCAGGUGGCUGCUGCUCCGGACCAACCAGCACCCUCACACCGCGCCCGAGCCUCCCACCUGCGGCCUCGACGUUGCUCCUGCAGCUCCUGGCUCGACAAGGAAUGUGUCUACUUCUGCCACCUGGACAUCAUCUGGGUGAACACUCCCGGACAGACAGCUCCUUACGGCCUGGGAAAUCCGCCAAGACGCCGGCGCCGCUCCCUGCCAAAGCGCUGUGAGUGCUCCAGUGGCAGGGACCCCGCCUGUGCCACCUUCUGCCAUCGAAGGCCCAAGCCUGAAGCCGUGGUGGUCCCAGGCAGUGGACCCCCUCCAGACGUGUUCCAGGCUGGCAGGACACGGCCGUCGGCAGGAGAGCUCCUCCAGCAGCUGAGGGACAUUUCUGCAGCCAAGAGCCACUUUGCUAGGCGACAACAGGUGGCAGUGAGGGAACUGAGGCCUACACACUCCAGGCGGAGGAAGAGAUAGCACCGGUGGCCAAGGAAUGCUGGGAAGGAGCCUGUGUGGAGCCAGGAGGAGAGGGGCAGCCCAGAGCUGGGGAAUCCACCUGCUGGGAUGGCACACGCUCUGGCCUCCUCGUGCAAGUGAGGGAACUUCCUUCCAGGCAGCUCGUGCCCUCACACGGCCCGGGGAAAGCCUUCAGCCACGUCCCCCCGCCGGCCCCAGGCCCACCACGCCGCUGGAAGGAACCGCAUGAGGAAUGUGCUAACCUGGAGGCCACGUCCCGAGAGGUUUCCUGCCUGUUGGCUACAAGCCAGAAUCGAUGCGCAGCGGUGGACCCUAGACCCAAGCCAGCCCUGGAGGCUGGACGGGUCCACCUAAGGGCUGGUGUCCUGGGUGGCCCCCGUCUGACCCCUCCAGCUCUGCCUCCCCAGAGUCCUCACACCCUCAUACCCUCGGGACACUCCUGGGGAGAAUGGCCUGUUCUGCUUCACCUGCCUGUAUAUAACUUAUUUGCUCUAAGAACUUUGAGAAUUCCACUUAUUUAUUUUAAUGUAUUUUUUUAGACUCAAUUAUUUACCUGCGAACUUGUGUUUGUAAUAAAGCAUGAAAUGGUA